GGCACAUCGGGCAGGACCCCGGGCAGAGGCACAUCGGGCUACCAGGCGAAGCAGCAGGCAGCGGGCCACCAGGCGGAGCGACAGGCAGCGGGCCCCCGGGCGGGGCGACAGGCAGCGGGCCCCCGGGCGGGACUGCGGGCACCGAGUCGUCUGGCAAGACUGCGGGCACCGAGUCGUCUGGCAAGACUGCGGGCACCGAGUCGUCUGCCAAGACUGCGGGCACCGAGUCAAACUAGCGGAACAGCGGGCAUCGAGUCAACUGGCGGAACAGCAGGCACCGAGUCGUCUGGCAAGACUGCGGGCACCGAGUCGUCUGGCAAG